AUGAUCAAUGAGGACGAGGACAAUGACUCCUGGCCUGCAUUUCUCAUCGACUCGGAUCUUGCCAUCAAAGAAGAUAGGGAACGAGCUUCCGGCGCAAGAGGUAAGACAGGUACUAGAGCAUUCAUGGCCAUAGGACUCCUGCUGGGAGAGAAGCACUCAUUUUGGCAUGAUCUGGAGUCAUUCUUCUGGGUUUUGUUUUGGAUUUGCAUCCAUUACGAUGGCCCCGGCAAAUCUAUCGGACCCACAGACUUUGACUGCUGGAACUAUGACGAGGACCAGAAAUUAGCCAAUUCAAAACGAGGAAUAGUUGCAGAUGAGGUGGACUUCGAUAACAUCAUGGACCGAUAUUUUACGCCCUACUAUCAGCCUUUGGCUUCGUAUGUGAAAAAGCUAUGA